AAAGGCAGACCGUCCUUUUUUCACAUCCCCUCACGACCCGUCGUGUGUGUACAGUGCGUGUGUACAUCGGAAAUCCUUGUUAUGCGCAGCGGGAAAACACCCGUCAGCUGCAUUCCCUGUGCGAAGCGCAAGGUCCGCUGCGACAAACAGCAGCCCUGCUGCCACUGCAAGCGACGUCCACAGGAUGCCUGCGAAUAUCCGAGGCCCAUUGCGGUGCCCGAGCGUGGCCUCGACGCGCUGGGAGAGCGAAUUGUGCACCUCGAGCGUGUGAUCCGAAGCCUCGGGGGAGACCCGAACGACCUCAAUGCUGUCCAGGGACUCCAGCCCCAGCACGGUCAGACUCCAUCAUAUCCAUCGCCAGCAUCGGUGGAAUCGGCCAGGUCAUCUGCAACGGCUCGGAUUGAGCCAUCUUCUUGUGAAACAACGACGACGGCAGCUAUUGAUCGCGCCGGAUUGUUAGCGCACGAUGAGGAAGCGACAUAUGUCGAGUCGCCCAUGUGGUAUAGCUGGGGAGAAGCCAAGUUCCUCCAACACGACAACCCUGCUGUCUCUUCGCUGCGACACCAGCUCUGUCUGUCCCCGUCCAGCGGGAGCGGUUAUGUUUCCACCAUCCUCGAUCCCAUCGAGGUCCCAGACAGGGCCCGCUCUGACACACGGCGUGUACCCCGACAUCACUUCGACACUCUAUGGACCAUCUUCUUACAGAAUGUGCACCCACUUGUCAAGAUCUUCUUCGACUGGGAAGUCGAGCCAGUGAUCGAAAGGGCCAAGCAGGAGGAGGCGUCUGACUUGUCUGCGCCCGAGGAGGCGCUCUUGUCUGCCAUCAGCUUUCUGGCCACGGUGAGUCUGCCCGAAGACGACUGUGUACGUCUUCUGCACGAGGAAAAGCCACUGCUUCUGGCACACCUGCAUCACACCACCGAAGUAUCCCUACGGCUUGCCGGGUAUGCCGUGACGUCCAACAAACUUACGGUGCAGGCCUUUAUGCUCUAUCUGCACGCAAUUCGCGCCCGCGCUCAUCCAGCCGCCCUGUUCUCUCUCAUGGGCGUAGCCAGCCGGGUCGCCGAGCGGAUGGGCCUCCAUCGAGACGGCGAGAUCCUAGGUCUCAGCGUCCUUCGCAGCGAAGAGCGCCGUCGCAUGUGGUGGCAGCUGCAGUACAUGGAGCUCACCGUGGCCCAUCAGGUCGGUGCCCUGAGCCCCAGCGUUCUGGGCAAAUGGGACGCCAAGAUGCCGGCGAAUGUAGACGACAGCGAGCUAGGACCCGAGACGAAAGCCCUUCCAGCUGAUGGUACGGCGCUCACGAGCAUGUCCAACUGCCUUUGGAAGUACAGUGUGCUUCACUUACACCGUGGUGCUCGUGGAGCCGAUCGCGGUGUCCCCACGGCGGACGAGACAACCUCGAUGGUGGACAGGAUUGAGGAGAUGCUGCGGGUCAAGUUCGUGCAGCACUGUGAGCUUCUCAACCCUCUCCAUGUCAACAUGCAAGUAGCGAUCUGUCAGGUCCUCGUCGCCACGCGUCGGCUCCUUCGCCAGCCCGCCCUUAUCCAUGCCAAGAUCUCCGACAUGUCGCGCCGGGAGCGUGAUGCGCUCCUAGCGAUUUGUGUCAAGAACCUGGAGUAUUGCAUAUUGACCCAGACGAAUGAAACACUCAAGGGGUUCAAGUGGCACAACAACGCCUUCUUCCCUUGGGCUGCUUUCAUCUAUGUCAUUCUAGAGGCCAACCAUAGAGCCGAGGAGGCUACUAUCGAGGAUAUUUGGCGGACUAUCCGUCGAACAUACGAAACCCACGACGAGCUACGCGUCGCUGCCCACCGUCAAGACGUCACGUUUGCCGCGCGUAUCACGGCGAGCGCGUGGCAGAGACGUCAACUGUAUUGGCAAAAGCAGGAUGCCAGUAGUAGGCGCGAGGAAACCCCAUCGUGGAUCAUGGACGUUUGUAAAACAUUCAACUUGCCUCAACCUGGCUCAGUUACGACGGCUGGUGAACAGGGACCGCACGACGCGACCGAAGCUCCAGCACUGGAUUUUGACCUCGACUUGGACAUGAUAGACUGGUCCGUCUGGGACGGCGCGGCUAUGGAUGCAGCACUGUUUAGUAACGCUACUUAGUACUAGGGGCGAUAUAUAGUCCCUGAAUUUCUGGCGACAGCGUAUAGUUUAUGAAAGCCCC